AGCAAACCGAGCAAACCAUCGAUCGUGGCAAGAGAGCAUCGAAAUGAACGGCAGUUUACAUUUCGAACUCACUCCGAUUGAAGUCUAGAGACGUCAUCUCGCGGUGUUUUCUUUUUCGCCGAUGCGGCAGAUGUGCAUACGAUUGAUUGAAGUGAAGAGAAAAGGUGAAUUUUACGUGUUACAGCUUGGAAUAAUUCGAUAAUAAGAUUGGGUAGAGUGAAUUUCACACCCGUAAUCGUUGAAAAAGUUGAUUUGUGAGUGAAAUCGCGUAUAAAACCAAUUUUCGUUCCCGGAAGUGUGGAGUCACUGAUUUUCUAGUUUCUCGUUUUUUUUCUACACGGCAGAGCGGAUCAUACCAGACCAGCGCCAGCGGAGAAAUUUUUGCUAAACGAUGGCCGUUAACGUGUACUCCACCAAUGUGACCACAGACAACCUUUCGCGGCAUGAUAUGCUAUCGUGGGUCAACGAUUGCCUUCGCUCGCAGUUCACCAAGAUUGAGGAGCUGUGUACAGGUGCCGCCUACUGUCAGUAUAUGGAUAUGCUUUUUCCGGGAUCAGUGCCGAUGAAACGCGUGAAGUUUCGUACCAAUUUAGAGCACGAGUAUAUUCAAAACUUCAAAAUUCUGCAGGCAGCCUUCAAGAAAAUGAAUGUGGAUAAGGUCAUACCGGUGGAUAAGCUGAUCAAAGGACGCUUCCAGGAUAAUUUCGAGUUUUUGCAGUGGUUCAAGAAAUUCUUCGACGCGAAUUAUGACGGUCGAGAGUACGAUGCUAUCGAGGCUCGUUUCGGUAUCCUGUUGGGAAUGGGUGCCAUCCAGAAUGAGUUGGGUGUCGGCGAGCUUCCUAAACGAUAUAUCCAAGCUCCAAAAUCGCAGAAGCUACCCACUCACCAUGCCCCUUCUACCGUGUCCAAAGUUACGCCCAGUAGACCUGCCGCUCAGACAUCCAGUUUAGAGCGCAAGCCUACGGGUGGUAUAGGUGGUACUGCGAACGCUAGCAGCAAGUCCUCGUCGCAAAACAGCGUGACAAACCAACAGGUCGAAGAUCUGACCACGCAAGUCAUGGACAUGCGAUUACAUUUGGAGGGACUGGAAAAGGAGCGUGAUUUCUACUUUAGCAAGCUGAGAGACAUCGAGAUUUUAUGCCAAGAAGACGAACAAAACGAUACUCAGAAUCAGCUGAUCCAAAGAAUUUUGAACAUUCUGUACGCGACCGAGGUAGGUGAUGGAUUUGCUCCACCCGAUGAUAUGCCACCAGAGGAAGAGGAAUACUAAUCCGCGAAUCGUCACUUGCGCACUACAAAAAUCAUCAAUGGACAAACUUUCUCGCACAUGGAUCGCAAAAAUGAAUCAUAAGAGGGGACGUGUUGAUAUUCACCUUUAUGGUGCAUUCUCAACUGCUGUUCGAUUGAACACAUUGGGAGGGAUGAAGAGGGUGUUAUUUGAACGCAACGUGUUACGAUUUCUAUUCAAUGUGUGAGAGUUGAUCGAACAAAUUAUCAGUAAAUAGGAGAAGCUGUAAUUUAAACCUACGAGAGAAAAAAGAUUGCGGUAGUGAUGAGGUUUUUGUUCUUUGUAUUUAAAAUAAUUCAUUAUUAUACAUUACUAUUAUUGAUGUGACUAAUCGAAGCAAAUUCUGCAAGCAGUUGGAACACGUAAAUAAGAAAUCCAAAUGAAAAUAUUUAAACGAGAAAAAAAAUCGAAAACCAUGUUGAUAUUUCUGUUUCAAAUAAAAAUUUAAAAAUGGGAAUAUUCAAAUGAUGCGGAAAGCUAAUGCAUGUAAUGCAUGUAAUAUAUAUAUAUAUAUAUAUAUAUAUAUAUAUAUAUAUAUAUAUAUAUAUAUAUAUAUAUAUAUAUAUAUAUAUAUAUAUAUAUUUAUAUGCGCUAAUUAUGUAUAUUAGCGCAGAGUUUGUGAACAUAAAACAAAUUGUACGGAAGAUUUCGUUGAAAAAAUUUGGAACUAGCAACGGUUCGAAUUAAAAGUAUUUUGCGAGGUGCAAAUAUGAUUACUUUCUAGUGUAACGCAUUUUCUCGUAUAUUGUAUUUAAUGUUUCGUCGUAUUUCUUCCGUUUCAAUACCAAUCUGUGUUUUGUAUUCUUUCAGUCUCCUUGUUGCAGACGGCAAACGAAAUAGAAUACACAAACGAAGUACAGUUAUUGCAAUGCCUUAUUAUUUCUAACAACACUGUUUAAAUAAUUCCCAAAGAAUUUGCCGCACUAUGUCCGUUAACUUAUGAAAUGAUUAUCCCGGUGUGUGUUUUUCAUACUUUUAUUAGCUUGUACGCAUCGGCUGCAGCUUAUGGAAGAUAGUGGAAAAAGUGCAAGUUUUCUGAUGCUCAACUGCACUAAGCUGCAUCGGAGGAACUUAAAGAUCAGUUUGAAGUGUAUCAAACUUGUAAGCGUGUUAGCUCAAAUACUCUGUUAAUUAAUACGCGAAGAAAAAAAACAUGUUGCGUUACUCUCGCAAUACAAAACAAACAUGCAUUAUGAACAUCAAUAUGUAAAAUGAAGUGAAUACAAUAUCUAGGCUACAACUGUCCACUCUACUAGAUAGUGUGGACUCUUUCUGUUGCACCUCUCUCAUGACCAACAAUCAGCUUGUAAACCACCAUAGAGACAUUACAGAAUAAUAGCAAAAAGGCAACAAAUUAACAAACUUUGAUUUUGAUAGAAAAAAAGCCUUUUUCCCGUAUGACAUGAUUUUCGCUAAUUUUAAAAUUUAUACUUUUAAUACUAGAAAAUACUAUCACA